GCGGUAUACUUCGUGUACGAGAGCUUUGCACCAGCGAAAGGGUUCAUCGAACAGGCACACCGACGAGAUAAAUCAUGGUUCACUCCUACGGUCUGAAGAGCGGCACCCGCCACCUCUUUGCGAAGAAGUUCCGCAAGCAUGGCAUGCCCUCCGUCUCCACGAUCCUCACGAAUGUGAAGAUCGGGGAUUACGUCGACGUCGUCGCGGACUCCGCCGUUCGCGCGGGAAUGCCGCAUAAAUACUACCACGGCCGCACGGGCAUCGUCUGGAACGUCACCCCGCGUGGCGUGGGGGUGAUUAUCAACAAACCCGUCCGCACCCGCACCCUGCGCAAGCGCAUCUGCGUUCGCUUCGAGCACAUCCGCAAAUCGCGCUGCCAGGAGGCGUUCAAGCAGAAGGAGCGCGACUUCCAGGCCUUCCAGGCGGCGAAGAAGGCCGGCAAGGCGCUCCCGGAGCCGAAGAAGAGCAACCGCCUCGGCGGGAUGGUGCGGCCGAAGAACGUGGAGGUGCUCGCUCGCUGCGCCUCCGACUACGACGCCUACAUGCCCUACUAAAGUCAAAGCCUAGGUUGAGGAAAUCGAGUAAAAUCGCGAUUAUUAUUAUUAUGAUUAUCAUUUGGUAAACUCUUUGAUAAAAA